AUGAUCACAGCAUCGGCUUUUGCUGAAACCGACGGGAAUGUGUGGUGGAAACUUGCUGAAGCGUGUGCGCAAGGUGCUGUGUAUGACUCAAACGAACGCGCACCGCAUUCCAAGUGCCUCCCUCACACCAGGGAAAGCCUCCUCAGAGACCUUUACAGCCUCGCAGACGACAAGAAGCGCAAGAUCGUAUGGAUCGUCGGGGAGUCUGGUUCAGGAAAAUCAAGUGUAGCAUAUUCGUUUGCGGACCACCUUCAUCGUACCGGAAAUCUCGCAGGGACCUUCUUUUUUUCUAGGAAAUAUGCCAAACGG